AUGACUUUUGCUUGUGGCGUCAAGGUGCUUCGCGUGCUCGUAGCCCGCACGCGCGAGGACGAUGUCGCACAGACCUGGCACGCCCAGAGCACUCUGCCGGCACUGAUUAGGGCCGCGGCUGCUGUGGCGGCUGCUGGCUCUGCUAGCCAUGUGCCCGGUCCUGACGGGCGUGUAUCUGAGCUGGUUAACUGUCGUGCCAGUUUCGGCGUGACACCUCUGAUUUUGGCGGCGGAGAGGGACCAGGUGGAGGCGGUCAAGUACCUGAUCUCCGUGGGAGCUGACCCCUGGCAGGGCGACAACGAGGGACGUAACCCCGCGCACUAUGCAGCCAAGGCGGGAGCCAUAAAGGCUUUGCAG